UCUGGGUCAAGUGCUGGUAAAUGGGACUGGAUCUCAGCAGGAUAAGAGCUGAGGCAGGUGCACUAUCAGCUAAUGCUCGGGCAAUAGAAAUAACCACUCUUAAUAACGGCACGAUAUGCACUAGUCCGAAAGAAGAGCAUAAACUGAAACAGUGAUUGGACCCAAAACGUCGUCAAUUCUGAUUUCUCUCCAUAGAUGCUGCCUGGGUUUUUCCAAUAAUUUUUGUUUUUGUUUCUGAUUUCCAGCAUCUGCAAUUCUUUAAUUUUGUUUUAAAUGAGAAUAGACUGGCUUGGCCUCGGACGCUGAGAAAACAGCUCGGGGAAAGCCCUCCAGGACAUAAAUAGUCUCUUUUUUUCUUGUGGUCCCGAAGACCCUUGCCUGUCUAUAUGACCAGCUUAUCGAAGAGUCUUUAUUGGUUGAUGUUGUGAUGACGGCCCGUCAAUGGUGGUGGCGGCAAAUUCAAAGGGUAAGAUGGGCGCGGCACGCGACUCAAAGUCCCGGAGCGUUCCACUGCCGCGCGUGAGAGUUCCGCCCCCGCGCGGCCUGCCGCUGACACGGAUGACGUCACACUAGGUAACCGAGUCGGGGUGAAAGGUCGCCGGUCGCGUCUUAGCAACGGCGCUGCAGUAAGUCUCUGCCCAGGGAGUGGGAGAAAGCAGUGACUUUGGGGCAAUAUCACAUCAAUCAAGCAGCAAUGUUGGACACCGUACAGUACGCCAUCGAGGAAAUCGGUAGAAACUACUUCCUAACACUCUCCAACCUGACGGAUGACGACAUUGUCAACAUAUGGGCAAAUGUUUCUGCUUUUGUGGAUCGGCACAUGUCCCUCCAGAAGGGAGUACAUAUAUUAGGCUUGGGGACCUUUACAUUUUCACAGCAAAAGCUGGAUGUCGGCCAUAAAUUAAUUUUACUUCAGAGGCCAGUAUUUGUGAUGUCUGAAAAAUUGGUACAGAUCCAUGGAUUAUCCUACACAAAACAACACGUAUCAGGUGACAUACCUAUUGUUGAACUAAAUUUUACAUUCCUGGCUCUGGAGAGCCCGUAUGAUCGGGAUACAGUUGAAGGAUGUGUCAAAGAGACUCUGCAGAUCAUGUAUCGUUACAUUGCCAGUAACCGUAAUGUGCAUUUCACUUUUAAAGAUAUUGGAGUGCUAACGAUACGAAAUAACAAGAUCAAAAUGAAGUUUUAUAGAGAAUUUCUUAAUGCUAUGGAUGGUAGUGGAAGUUUAGUGAAAGCUCUUUCAAAUAGACCUGGGACUGCAGACUCAAUAAAGUCAAUCAGAGAUGUGUGCACAAGUCGACCUGCCACGACCAACUCGGUUUUAUUUCCCAGGAUUUCGCCAGGUGAUCUCAAUGAAAGAAAAUCAAUGUUGUUGUCAAUUAAAGAAGAAAACAGAGAAAACCAUGAAGCCCUCUCUAAACCUGAACAAAAUGAGCUAAAUAGAGAAAGUGAACAAGUUGAGAAACUGAAGGAAAGAGAGGAAAGUAGAGAAGCAACAGAAAUGCCUCAUGUCAAACAGUCCUAUGUUAAACAACCUUUGACUCCUGCCAAAACUUCUGCUGUGUGUCUGACAGAAGACUUUCAAAAGAUUACCGAGCACAAAGAUUUAUCAGAAAGGUUGUCUUCUCCAAAUCGUUCUCCAUCCUGUCAGCCUGGCAUUCAACAAACAAAUCGGCAGUCACUGAAACUCAAAGCACCACCAGCCAAUGCCUGCGCUGAUCAUUGCAGGGCAGGACAGGAGUUGUGCUACCUUUGCAUGCAACGUGCUCUGAAGAAUUUCCCUAUUGAUGUUUCGGAGAACAGAAGAAAAAGGGAAGAAGAGAAUGAACAAAUAUUACAGCAAUAUCAACAAAUAAAAGAUCAGGAAGCACUCUUCCAGGAGCAGUGUGAAAUGUUGGCUAACAGAGAAAUCAACCAAAGGAUUUCAGCAUUCAAUAUAGGAGUCGCUGAAGCCAAAAAGAGAAAGAAGAAUUCAAAGUGCAAAGACUCUUAUAAAGGAUACAUAUUUCAAAACAGACUCUUGACACCACCAGUCUUUCUGAAGCAACAGCAGUACGCACGGUGCCUAACUGAACAAAUUCAAGAGAAAAAGCAAAGAGAGGAAAAAAAGAGACAGGAUGAAGAGUUUAUGGAUCGCUUGGAACAAGUUCAAUUGGCUGAAGAUCUUGCUGUCCAGAGGCAGUACUAUCAGAAGGAGAGGCAUGAACAAAUAGAGGCCUACAAGAAAGGACUGGAUGUGCAGAGAAAAGAGAAACCACGUCAAUUACCAGCAUCAGUACCUGAUUCCUCUGAACCAAUCUUUGGUAACUCUGAGCCAGCUGGAAAGAUAGAAGAACAAAAGCAAAUUGCUUAUAACCUUUACAAAGAGCAGAUGCAGGCUGCUGCUGACCGUAAGAGGAAUGCCAUUCUGAAUCAACUGUACGAACAGAAAACUGAAUUAGAUAUGUUGGAAAGAAACAGAAAAGGCUUAAUAAAUGAACAUAAAAAACGCUAUGAAGAUCUGCAGAGAAUGCGUAAAGCAUUAGAAAAAGCAUGGACUGAUAAUGUAACAAUGAAGCGACUGAAAAACUAUGAAGAAAAUCGAUACUCAAAGGCUAGAGGACUUUUCCUACUUGAUCAGUGUAAUAAAUAUCGACGUUGCUUUCAGUGUCAACGACGUUUAUCAAACAUUGGCCAGUCAAAUAUUUGGAACAGUACAUUCAUUACAACUGGAACAAAUUAGUGAAUUAACUUACUCCUAAUACAAUGGACAGUCAAAUCCUAUCAAAAUCAUGGGAAUUCCCACUUUUUACAGUAUCUGAAUUAAUAAUGUAAACUGGUUCAGCAUAUUUCCUUUAGAUUUUCAUGGAACUACUUUUGCAAGGGAGUAUAUGUUGAACUGUUAAUCACUUUUUGUUUUAUCAAUAGAUUUUCCAUCAUUUUAGAAUAAAUCCAUUUUGCAACAUUGGCACUUCAAUCAUUUCUACUCUUGAACGCAUUGAGGCAAACUAAAUUUUUUUUUGCUUUGGGAUCUUCAGAUUUCAUGUAACGAUUUGGAUUUCUUCAACCCUUUAUAAAGCUGCUCCAGUCUUCUGGAAGCAUCCAAUUUUUGUUGAAAAGAUUUGGAACUGCCACUGAAAUCUGAAUGGAUUAGCUCAUCUUCAAAUGAAUUUUCAUGUUAGUCCUGAGAAGUGCAAUCUCUAUCUGUAAAUAGUAUACUCUCGAAAUGUAGUGCUCUUGGACACAAAUUUGGCUAAGUCAAACUCAGACUUUGGGCAGAAACCUUGGGAUGACUUGGUUUAGUAAAUGGUGGGCACAUUCAUUCCAUACUUAAUUCUUGUACACUGAAAAUCUUGACCAGUGCUUGAUAUUCCCCAACUCAACCAACUUCUAGCCAAGCCCUUUUUUGAUGCAGUUGCCGAUAAAACCUUCUGUUGAUUAGCUGAAAUAUAUAACUUAAUAAAAGGUUAAAAAAUGAAUAAAAUAUAGGAUAACAAUCUAUAAGCACUAUGGAUGACAUAAGCAAAAGUGCAAAACAAAAUGUACAUGCUACACAUCUGCAUUUUAGAUUAGAUUCCCUACAGUGUGGAAACAGGCC